AUGGUGAAUCUGAUCCCAGUGCUGCUUAUUUGUCUUCCACAAAUAACUCAAGGUAAACACUUGCUCCGCUUUCUGACCUUCUGUCAAAGGAAUGUGACGGGCGACGGACAGUAUGAUAUCAAGUAUGAUGGCGAUCAGCUCCUCCACGCUGACCCCGUCACCUUUGAGAUAGUUGAGCGUCUGCCGGAGUUUGCAGAGCAGUGGGUCCCUGAUCCUGGACUGGUAUCAGACGCAUACGUGUCCCUGGGUACCUGCAUGUACAACAUCCCACGAUCCAUAAAGGGAGAACACUAUCCUGAAGAGGUCAUAGCCAGUCCCACCGCCAUGAUCUACCCCAAGCAGGAGAUGGAACUGGAGAUCCCCAACACACUAAUCUGCUUCGUGAACGACUUCCAUCCGCCCACAGUCAACUUCACGUGGACCAGGAACGGGCGGCCGGUGGACCCCAGAGAGGUCAGCCAGACUCAGUACUACUCCAACAGCGACUUCAGCUUCCGCAUCUCGUCCUACCUGGACUUCACGCCGCAGGAGAGCGACAUCUACUCCUGCAGCGUGGGCCACGUAAGCCUGCAGGGGCCUCUCACCAAGUUCUGGGAUGUGGUUGAACUACACACAGAGCAGCAGGUCGUAGAGACGGCGGUGUGUGUUGGUGGUGUGAUCUUGGGGCUGAUUGGAGUUGUCACAGGGCUCUGGUUCAUCAUGAAAACCAACAAGUCCUGCCAGACGUGA